ACAGUACAUAUUUAUCUUCAUGUAUUCAUAGACAAUAUAAAAUAACAGCUUGAAAAAAAUAGAAUAAUUGACACUAUUAAUACUGCAAUAAAAAGAUAUUUGUGAAUAUUUCAUUAAAAACAAUGAUUGAUUUUUACUACAAGCCAUUUAGUCCACCAUGUCGUGCAGUGAUGAUGUUAGCCAAAGCCUUGGAUGUUGAACUUAAUUUAAAAGAAGUUGAUCUUUUAAAAGGUGAACAAUAUGAACCAGAUUUUAUCAAGAUAAAUCCACAACAUACUGUUCCAACAAUUGUUGAUGGUAGUUUUAUUUUAUCAGAAAGUCGAGCAAUUAUGGCUUAUUUGGCAACAAGAUAUGCCAAAGAUGACAAGUAUUAUCCAAUAGAUCCAAGACGAAAGGGAAUUGUAGAUCAUCGAUUGUAUUUUGAUUCUGCAACAUUGUCGAAAAUAUUAAGAGAAUCUUAUAUUCCUGUUACAUUUAAAAUGGCUAACAGUGUACCUGAAGAAAGUGUUGCUGAACUUGAAAAAGCAUUUGAAAUAUUAAAUGUAUAUUUAGAAAAUGAAGAUUAUGUUGCUGGUGAAAUUUUAACUAUUGCUGAUUUUGCAAUAUGCAUCAGUGUUGCUAUGGCUGAGAUCUGGGGAUUUGAUAUAACUCGUUAUGAAAAUGUAGCUGGAUGGUUUGAACGUUGUAAAGAAGCUCUUCAAGAGUUUGAUUAUGAAGAAAUAAAUGCACCAGCUCAAAUGCUUGGUGAAAUGUUUCGAGAAAAUCUUGAAGCUGCAGAAUAAUUUUCAAAUAAAAAAUUUAUAAUCUAUUGUUGUUAAUUAAUAGUUUAUCAUUUUAAAAUUUUCAUUAAAUUAAAAAUAUACUUAUUAAUUUCACAAAUAUUUAAAUAAAUAAAUUACCAUUUAAUUCAAGCAAAUUAUUUUCAUAUAUUUUCAAUUUAUUUUGAAACGAAAUUAUAAUUUUUUAUCAAGUCCUUACAUUUAUUUUUUAGUCAAUUAAAUCUCUCAACAUUAUUUCAUGCUGAAAGUGAAUUAUUUUUUUGUCUUUUUUCUCUUGACCAUUCAGAAUAAUUAUUUAUUUUUAUUAUUAAAUACAUUGCUUUUAAAUCCAUCUUAAAUGUAUAUAAAAAAAAAAAAACAAUAAUUUUUUUACAAACAAGAAACAAAUUGAACAAUUAUAACUUUUACAAUUAACUAUUUACUUGUAACAAUUUAAAAUUAUUAUUAUUAAAUUAUUUAUUUGAAUAAUUUUGUCAAUAAGUCAAAAUAAAAUUAUAUUUUAUCGU